AGGAAUCUAUUAGCCCCGUAAGUUAAGUAUAGUUUUGCUCGUUCGUGAGGAAGAGAGGUGCAGUAGGUGGAAGCGGUCUUUUCUUGUAGAAAAGUGUAGCUUCCAAGCAGAUAUUAUUGCAACAUAGAAAAUCAUGGUUAGAAAGCUAAAGUAUCAUGAGCAGAGAUUGCUCAAGAAGGUAGAUUUCAUAUCAUGGGAAGCAGACAACACACUGCACGAAGCCAAGAUCUUACGUAAGUUCCAGAUAAAGAAACGGGAUGACUACACAAAGUACAACAAGCUGGCUCGCCAAAUCCGAGAGAUCGCCCGCAAAAUACGGAACCUCGACCCAAAGGAUAAGUUCCGGGUGGAGGCCUCCGCACAGCUGAUCGAAAAGGCCUACCAGAUGGGCCUGAUCCCAACCAAGUGGAACCUGGAGCUGGUGGACAAGGUGACGGCGUCGUCUUUCUGCCGACGACGCCUGCCUGUGCUCAUGGUGCGCCUUAAGAUGGCGCCCACGGUCAAAAUGGCCACGCAGUUCGUGGAGCAGGGACACGUGCGCAUUGGUCCUGAGGUGGUCAAGGACCCGGCGUUCUUCGUCACGAGGAACAUGGAGGACUUCCUGACCUGGGUGGACGCGUCUGCCAUCCGAAAACACGUACAGGAGUACAACGAACUGCGGGACGAUUUUGAAUUGUAGUUGGUUUCGAUGAUGGUGAUGCCCUCGCCGGUGUUUGUGAGUGUCGGGCUUGGUCACGGCAGCGAUGCUGACGUUACCGAUGGGGGACUGUUGCUCCUGGGUGGUUGUACUGUCAUCAGUGAAUGUCUCGCCAGAUGUGCUGUCAUGAAUAUAAAAUGUGUCUUCACUGA